CCUUUAGCAAAACACAACAGUUACAGUUAAGUCAUAGAUAUAUCUAUGGUUAAGUUAAUUGUAGCUGACACAAUAAGCAAUGGCUGGAAUAGAAGUGGACGGUCUGGAAUACGAUGCUGAGGUGGCAUACAUCACAGCUACCAGUCCUGUGCCUGUUGAGCCAGGGAACAAAGAAUCAAGAUCAAGUUCAAUAUCUGAGUUUGAAUUUUCUGGUGGUCAUGACGAGAUGACUAUGAAAUACACAGCUAAUGAUACCAAGCUAAGCUCUGAGGAGCAAGCGGAACGUAGUGAAUCAGCUCCUAAACCAAUGGAUACACCAGAAAAUCCUAAGUUGGCAAAAGAAAGCACAACAAAAGAGCAAAGCAAGACAAAGCAGAAGCAUCCAGUACCCAGUCUGGUACUUACGAGUCCGAUGCAUAGCACUUCUAGUGACACCAACUUGCAGAUACUCACCCCACCACAUUAUACCUUGGAUACCAGCCUACCAAGCACACCUAAAUUUAAGCUGAUGCGAAUCCAAGAAGCCCAAGCUAGUCCACCUUCGCCGAAAACAUCCAACAAGUUCCAAACCAAACUAAACAGUGCCCUGUACAACUACAGAACGGUUGUUAUUUAUGGCCAUGCAGGAUGUGGAAAGACGAAUUUAGUUGAGAAACUUGUGCACAGUAACCCAGCCAUGUUUGCUAAAGUGGUCUCAAAUACUACGAGGAAGAAAAGAGCUGACGAAGUAGAUGGAAUCGAUUUCAAUUUUAUUUCUCAGAAGCAAAUGUCUCUGGGCAUGGCUAGGGGCGACUAUCUCGAGUACGUACAACUUCAAAAACGACCAAAGAAGAGAAUGCAAAGAGCCGCUACGUCUGAUGUUGAUAUGAUAAUGAAAACAGCCAAACGUCGUUCAACUGCAGUGGAUUUUCCAACAGAUCUUCCUACCCUCUUAGAACAACCACAACGGACAUCCUCUAAAUUUGAUCUCUUAGCAGAAGAUAGCCCGAUAGUGAGUGGAGAGUUUAUCGGCACCACGAAACAAGCACUAGCUGAAGCAACUCAGCUCGCAAAGCCCUGCGUUGUGCUCAAUGUAACGAUGACUGGUGCACAGCAGUUUAAGAAGAACGGAACAAAGGCUACCUAUAUUCUCAUUCAUUCAGGAACAAAGCCCCCAAAACAGGGUGGAGUAAAGCCAGAUUUCACUGUCAAUGCUGAUCAGCCAAACGAGGCGUACAAACAACUUCAUCAGUGUGUGAUGCAAUUGGUCGAAGAUCUCCAGUUAACACAAACCACACGGUACGAGAUCACUAAACACGAAUGGGACAGUCUACCAACAGUCAAGCUAGAAACUAGCACUGACGCAACGGGGCCUCAGGCUAAUGUCAGACCGGUCACCUUCAGCGAAGUUCUCACACACUUUCAAAGCAUCAACUUUAGAAAAGAGAGAGAGCUUGCAAAAGAAGAGAUACCAAAAGAAGGAGCGUUUAGUCGAAAUAAACUUGACAAAAAACUUCGUGACGAACGAUUACUUGUACUAGCAAUGGCUAGAUGUUCGCUAGACAAAAACAAGCUUCAUCUACGCAUUUUGCAAACUAUCUAUAUCAGAUUGACAGGUAGAAAUAUCAAUUGCAGACGGUAUGGAGCACAUUGGACGGCUAUCGGAUUUAGUGGAUCAGACCCAGCUGAUGAUCUGGAAGGAGUAGGAAUGUUUGGCUUGGCCCAGUUGAUAUAUUUGUUGGAUAACAACAUCUCUUUGGCACGGGAGAUAUUUCGUUACACCAAGCAAGAAACACCUACAAUUCCGUUUUGUAAUCUGUCUUUUCAAGUUACGCAAAUUGCUCUAUCGGCAUUGAGAGGUAGUUUUCUGACAAAACUUGCGAAUAAACGAGAGCAGGUCUUUGUGAUAAUAAACGAUUUUUACACUGCAACGUUUUAUCACUACUACAUGAUGUGGAAAUCUCACGGUAUGGCAAUGCUUGAUUCGAGUACUCUUAUUCAAAGUGUCAGUGACUACGCGUGUAAACAUGCUCGAGACGUACUAAAAAACUAUCACGAUUAUCAGAGCAAGAAAGAAAACUCGAGACAAGCUCCUUCAGACCUAAUUGAGACUGCACCGAAACCAUUCACUCCUCUAGAAGAUUAUAGUGAUGUGUAGACACAUUUUAUAACUUUUUUAUUGUACUUUAUGUGUUGUUGAUUAGUUGAAGCUUCAGUGUUGUACAUGCAUGUACAUAUAAAGUUAAUGUGAAUGUGAAUGUACAAUACAAUGGUUUGGUAUAUUAAAGGAUUUGUUUUCUUUUGGGAGUAAACUUUUGGGAGUAAUUAAAGAAGCUUGAAAGCUAGCUAUAGACAUUAGUGUACGCUGACGUCUAAAGCGACCAUGAAGAAACAAAUUUUUGUAAUGCUGUUGCUGGUGUCUCUCUUCACACUUUCAACCACUUCAAAAUGCACAGGUGUGAAGCAGACAGGCUGUAAGUUAGCCUGUGAAUAUCGAAACUGCCUUAAAUUCAAUUGCAUUGAGUUACGUACGUGGCCGUGCCGUUGUAAGAGGUGUAAAGAUAAGAUCUUUACAAGUUAACACCGUACAAGGCUCCAAACAAGCAACGGGAUCAUAAUUAGCUAGAUUGACUGCUGCUGUGCAUUUAGUACUUUCACAUAAGUGUUGAGAAGUUGUUUUUGUUUCAAUAGCAUCGUGAAAACAAUGUACAGAACUAUGUAAGUGUCAUUAUUGAAUAAUGUGUCGAAAUGAGCGUCA